AACAACCACAACAACCACAACAACAACAACAACAACAACAACCACAACAACAGCAACAGACGCGCUUUGGAAACCUUCAAGAACUUUCUCUACAGGAGCAAGAACGGCGAUUGAGUUCUUCCCAAGCAGCAGAGAUGGUCAAGAGGGUUGAGAAGGAGCUACUAACUCUUGCUGAGAGUGGAAAGGCACCAAAUUUGAGUAAUAGCCGAUUGGGGAGUGGUGUGGAGCAGAGUGAACUCCUCGAGCGUCUGCAACGCUAUGGUGAGACCCUCGCCUUAAAGCGAGAUGCAGAAAAGCGAGAGGAUGACAUUGCUCGUAGUCAAACAAGUAGCCAAUCAAAUAGCCCACAGACUGAUAAUUUGAGAGUGAGCGUCAACCAUAGCGAGACAUCCCCUCGUACAUUUGCGCGCAGGCAGUCGUCUCUACAGCACAACAAGCUGAAGCAGAGUCAUAAUAUUGCAAAGAAGAAUCAAUACAAUGUCCGUAAUGAUCUCUUUCAGAAUGACUUUGAUAGUAAGGUUCCUUCGCCGCUGCAUUUGUCACACACCACGUCCAAUAGCUCGACGAGGUACUCCAAGAUAUUCAAGGGUAUUAAGUCUAAACUGACCCAUUAGGGUUGUAUAAACUAUGUAAAAUAGCUGUAUUCUUGCCAUUUUUGUAAUAUAUUCUGAGCUCAUGAACGAUCAU